CAAUAUCAGCAUUGCACUGGUCUCCUCGAGUGAAGGAUUUAAUUGUGUCUGGGGAUGAAAAAGGAGUUGUAUUCUGUUAUUGGCUUAACAGAAAUGACAGCCAGCACCUCUUUAUAGAGCCCAGGACAAUUUUCUGUCUUACUUGUUCACCUCACCAUGAAGAUUUAGUGGCCAUUGGCUACAAGGAUGGCAUAGUGGUUAUAAUUGACAUCAGUAAGAAAGGAGAAGUUAUUCACAGGCUCCGAGGCCACGAUGAUGAGAUCCACUCCAUAGCCUGGUGUCCCCUACCUGGUGAAGAUUGCUUAUCCUUAAACCAAGAGGAAAAUUCAGAAGAACCGGAAAUUACCAAUGGGAAAGUUAAAACAGAAACUCCAGAAACAAAGGGCUGCUACUUAGCCACUGGAAGCAAAGAUCAGACAAUUCGAAUCUGGAGCUGCUCUAGAGGAAGAGGAGUGAUGAUUUUGAAAUUGCCCUUCCUGAAAAGAAGAGGAGGAGGCAUAGACCCAACUGUUAAAGAACGCCUUUGGGUGACACUCUAUUGGCCCAAGAAUCAGCCAACACAGCUGAUAUCCAGUUGUUUUGGAGGCGAACUGCUGCUGUGGGAUCUCACCCAGUCUUGGAGACGGAAAUAUACCCUUUUUAGUACAUCAGCAGAAGGACAGAAUCACUCCAGAAUUGUGUUUAAUUUAUGUCCUUUGCAAACUGAAGAUGACAAACAGCUGCUACUUUCUACAUCAAUGGAUAGAGAUGUCAAAUGUUGGGACAUGGCCACCCUAGAAUGCUGCUGGACCCUGCCUUCCCUUGGUGGGUUCGCCUACAGCCUGGCUUUUUCUCCUGUGGAUUUAGGCUGUUUAGCCAUAGGCGUUGGGGACGGUAUGAUCCGUGUAUGGAAUACACUAUCCAUAAAGAACAACUAUGAUGUAAAAAAUUUUUGGCAAGGUGUCAAAUCCAAAGUUACAGCGCUGUGCUGGCACCCAAAUAAAGAAGGUUGUUUGGCUUUUGGAACUGAUGAUGGAAAAGUGGGAUUGUAUGACACCUAUUCUAACAAACCUCCACAGAUUUCUAGCACGUAUCAUAAGAAGACUGUGUACACAUUAGCCUGGGGUCCACCAGUGCCUCCCAUGCCACUCGGAGGAGAAGGAGACAGACCUUCCCUCACUUUAUACAGCUGUGGAGGGGAAGGGAUUGUCUUACAGCAUAACCCCUGGAAGCUGAGUGGUGAGGCCUUUGACAUCAACAAACUCAUCAGGGACACCAAUUCUACCAAAUACAAAUUGCCUGUACACACGGAGAUCAGCUGGAAAGCAGAUGGCAAAAUCAUGGCUCUUGGCAAUGAAGAUGGAUCAAUAGAAAUAUUUCAGGUUCCCAACUUGAAGCUGAUCUGCAUCAUCCAGCAGCAUCACAAACUUGUGAACACCAUUACCUGGCAUCAUGAACAUGGCAGCCAACCGGAGCUCAGCUAUCUGAUGGCCUCGGGCUCCAACAAUGCAGUCAUUUAUGUACACAAUCUGAAAACUGUCAUAGAGAGCAAUCCUGAGUCUCCAGUGACCAUGACAGAACCCUACCGGACCCUCUCAGGACACACAGCUAAGAUUACCAGUCUGGCGUGGAGCCCACAUCAUGAUGGGAGGCUAGUGUCUGCUUCCUACGAUGGAACAGCACAGGUGUGGGAUACUCUCCGAGAAGAGCCUCUAUGCAACUUCCGAGGACAUCGAGGCCGACUGCUCUGUGUAGCAUGGUCCCCAUUGGAUCCGGAUUGCAUCUACUCAGGGGCAGAUGACUUCUGCGUGUACAAAUGGCUGAUUUCCAUGCAAGACCAUUCUAGGCCUCCUCAAGGCAAAAAAAGUAUUGAAUUAGAGAAAAAACGGCUCUCUCAACCUAAGCCAAAGGCCAAGAAAAAGAAAAAACCUACCUUGCGCAUGCUUAUAAAGCAGGAGUCGCUUGAAGGGAAUGAAGAGAGCAUAAAGGAGAACUCAGUACCCACGGAGAAUGGCGUGUCAGACCAAGAGGGCGAAGAGGAAGCCCAGGAGCCAGAGUCACCCUGUGGCCUCACUACCAUGGAUGCUAGAGAAUCAAUUGUCUGCACUCCAGUUUCUUCCAGCUUUGAAAAGUCAAAAGUUACUAUUAAUAACAAAGUUACUUUACUGAAAAAGGAACCACCUAAAGAGAAAUCAGAAGCCUCGAUCAAGAAGAGGAAAGCUCGGUCCAUGCUUCCUCUGAGUACAAGCCUAGAUCACAGGUCCAAAGAGGAACUUCAUCAUGACUGUUUGGUGCUAGCAACUGCAAAACACUCCAAAGGUGAAAACAUAAAGUUUGGCCAAAUACAUACUGCUUCUUUCACUCUGCCUUUCUUUUUCUAGAAGUCAUCUCCCAAAUACUAUCUUUUCCAAACAGGGAAAGGGCACUUGGAAAAUGGACACCCUGAAUUAUUUCACCAGCUAAUGCUUUGGAAAGGAGAUUUAAAGGGUGUUCUUCAGACGGCAGCAGAAAGAGGGGAGCUGACAGACAAUCUUGUGGCCAUGGCACCAGUAGCAGGUUAUUUUUUGUUUGUUUUUAGACUGAGAGACUUUUAUCUCCAACUAGCCCCAGCAAAAAGCCAGAAGUAGGGUGUGGCUCACACAGUAAAGAACCAAGAAAAGCUGAUGGAGAUCAUGAGCCUUAUUUCUAAGCCCCAGUACUGACUCAGGGGAAAAAAAUGCUGAAGUAACUUGUUCUUUCUUGCCUUUAGAGAAGCUAUUGCAGUUGCCAAGGCCCGGCUGAGGCCCGAGGACCCAGUCUUAAAAGACCUGUACCUCAGCUGGGGAACCAUCCUGGAAAGAGAUGGCCAUUAUGCCAUAGCAGCCAAAUGCUAUUUAGGUGCCACUUCUACUUACGAUGCAGCCAAAGUUUUGGCCAAGAAGGGGGAUGCUGCAUCACUUAGAACGGCUGCAGAGCUGGCUGUGAUUGUUGGAGAAAAUGAGCUCUCUGCUUCGCUGGCUCUCAGAUGUGCCCAAGAAUUGCUGCUGGCCAAGAACUGGGUAGGAGCCCAGGAAGCCUUGCAGCUGCAUGAAAGUCUACAGGGUCAGAGACUGGUAUUUUGUCUCCUUGAGCUACUGUGCAAGCAUCUGGAGGAAAAGCAGCUUCCAGAAGGCAGAACCUCCUCCUCCUCCUCCUCCUCCUCCUCCUCUUCCUCUUACCACAGUUGGGCAACAAGUACAGAAGGACCCUUUGUGCAGAGAGUAACUGCAGUGUGGAAAAGCGUCUUCAGCCUUGACACCCCAGGGAAAUACCAUACAGCCUUGAAGAAGCUGCAAGAUGUAAAGUACCCAUCUGCUACAAAUAACACACCCUCCAAACAGCUCCUGCUCCACAUUUGCCACGAUCUGACCUUGGUGGUGCUGAACCAGCAAGUGGCCUCCUGGGAUGAGGCAGUGAUAGCUCUGCUUCGGGCUGUGGUCCGGAGCUAUGACUCCGGGAAUUUCACCAUCAUGCAGGAAGUGCACUGGACCUUUCUCCCUGACGGCUGUGACCACCUAAGAGACAAACUGGGUGAUGAUCAAUCUCCUGCCACACCAGCUUUUAAAAGUUUGGAGGCCUUUUAUAUAUAUGGGCAACUAUAUGAAAUCUGGUGGUCUCUGUCCAGGUCUGAGUCCAGUGUGUGGGCAAUAGCUGGCCACAAGAGGACACUGUUGGUUAAGCAGAGCCAGCAGCCAGACAGUCCUGGUACUGAAGAGACUGACUCAAGAGCUGGUUCUCAGCAAGAGCCACAUUGGCCUCCCCAGUCAGACUUGAGACUCACAGAGAGAAGUCAGCGCGUGCUGAGUGCUUGUAAGGAGCUCCUUUCAGAAAAGCACGCCAUUCUCCAGGACUCCCAGAGAACAGUUGCUGGUGUCCAAGAGACAUUAGCAGAAAUGAUCCGCCAACACCAGAAGAGUCAGCUCUGUAAAUCCACAACCAGCAGCCCUGAUAAGAAUGAACUUGAACAGGAAACAGAGCAGCAGGUGCCCAGUACUCAGAGCCAGUGUAAAGAAGAAACAAAUGAGCCAGUUUCUCUGCCUGAAUUAACCAAAAGGCUCACAGAGGCAAAUGAGAGAAUAGCUAAAUUUCCUGAGAGUAUGAAGGCUUUUUCAGAAUGA